AUUUUCUGCUUAGCCAUUCUAGAUGGCAAGACCCUCAAGCCAUUUCCAGCACAUGGGUCCAACCAGCUUGCCUGUAUCAGAGAUCCACGAGGCACAAUCCCAUACCAUCAGUUAAUAACCACACACAAAUACGUGGCUGACCCACUAGCACCGGAACCUUUAUGCCCAGCUCAAUAAUAUAAGCCCUCUACCACCUCCUCCUUUCCCACAACUUAGUCUGCAAUCAUCAUGCUAGAAGGCAAGGCAGUCAUUGGUGAGACUGAUAUGCUACAAACCAUGCAGCAAGAUGCUCUAGACUUGGCAGCAAAGGCCCUCGACUUCUUUGAUGUCACUGAGGCCACCGAGAUUGCACGUUUCAUUAAAAAGGAAUUUGAUAGGACGCAUGGACCUGGGUGGCAGUGCAUUGUUGGAACGGAUUUUGGAUCAUUUGUCACACAUUGCUAUGGCUGUUUCAUCUACUUUCGCAUUGCCAGCCUUGCAAUUUUGCUCUUCAAGGGGUCUGCUGGUCCAGAGGCUCAGGCAAACCAGAUUCCAGUGUUGGAGUCAGUGAAAGCAUGAGGGCUCCUUUUCCAUUCUCUUCUGAUUUCUUCUUGUUCCCUACCCCAGUCAAAUGCACUCUACUUUGCUAUCAUUUUUCUCUUGAUCUUGUGUUUAAUUUUAUACAUCAUAGCUCAUAAGGAUCACUUUGGAGUGAAACAAUGUAUAUAGUAAUCAUCUUUCAUUAUCAUGGAAAUGUAAGCUUCAAGAAGUUAAUUAAAAGAAUGGCAGAA